AUGGAAGUCAAUAUCCCAGUAGAGAAGGAUCUGAUCAUCACUGUGAUGGACUAUAGGAAAGUAAUCGCUGAUGAUACAAUUGGCUCAACCAGGAUUGACCUUGAAAAUCGCCUUCUCACGAAAUGGCGAGCGACAGUCGGACUCAGCGCGCAGUAUACGAUCCAAGGCGAAAUGCAGUGGAGAGAUCAACAGACCCCAUUGGCUACGCUUCGAGGGUACUGUAAGAAGAUGUUAGUAGAGCCACCGACGAUCAUCGAAAAGCAGAAUGACAUUGGGCUCAAGAUUCUUGGAAUUGAGUUCUGGCAUUCACAAGUACAACAAGAGCUGGAUCAGCGCGAUCAGGCAUUGUCCCAGCGCUCCCAGCGUUCUCCAGCCGGAAAGGAAGCCGAGGAAAAGAGAGGAAGUGAAGCUGAUGACGCUGACAAAGAAAAAGAAGAGGAAUCAAGGAGGAAAGGGUAUGACGACGAUCACAUGUUGAAAUGGCAACGAGGAGACGAAAUACGGGCCAAGCGAGCCUCAGUCGCUCAGCAUGGUGAACGAACAAAACAAGUGGUGCUAACUCCCGAAGAAAAACUGAAAGUACGAAAAGCAGCUCGAGAAAAGAUCGUAGGACGUCCACUGCAGCAAGUCGCACUUUUUGUACUGAACAAG